GAGAGGUUCACUCUCAGUCCUGAUCCGACAGCAAAGCAGCACAGAGCUACAAACUGAGGAUGGACCGGCAGACAGUUUACGAGUGACCGGAUCAGAGAGGAGUAAGACCCGGACAAAUCGGAUCCAGAGGGCCGAGACAGCGGCUCCGGUUUCUAACACCGAUCUUUGGUUUUAAGCAGCCACGCUCUGCAGACACACACCGCUCCCUCUGCUGCUGGAGGAGUCCGAGCAGCUGCGGAGUCCGGCUCUAACUUUCUCAGGGUCCGUUCUUCUGCACUUUCCCCCGGUUUGAUCACCGUACAGAGUCCAAGCUGCUGGAUCCAUCACCGAACCGGCCCCGGUAUGACCCCACCGAGCUGACAGUGAUACCGCCGCGGGAUUUAAUCCAAGUCCUCUCAUUUAAGAGACUACGUGGUGAUUUACUGCAAUCAGAGUGAAUACGGAGGAAACUGCAGGCUCACAGGUGAGUGAGCUACAGAGACCCACGAGAGGACCGAUUAUCAACCUGACAUGGAGCCCCGCUUCAGGACACACAGCUGACAGCUCAACUGUUCUCUGUAUGAGACUCUUUCAGUGGGUUUAUCUUAGCUUCCUGCCCACAGACCUUCGGAAAUACUCAAACUGAAACACGGCACUCAAGACUCCACAUCGCUCUGUCACAACGACCCACGACCCACGACUCAGACCGAGCCCCGGACCACAGACCGAGCUCCGUACCACAGCCCGACCUCCAGACCCCUGACCGAGCUCCGAGCUAGACCGAGCACCGGACCAUGGCCUCCUCCUCCUCCUCUUUGCGAAGCAGCGGCCUCUCGUUGCUGUGGAGACGAACCGUGCUCGCGCUGUGCAUGUGCGCGCUCGGAGCGCGUUCAGCGGAGGAUGGCAGCAGCUUUAAUGCAGAGGUACUCAGAGUUUCUUUGUGACCAGACUGAGUGAUGCUGUGAAUGAGGGGCUUAUGUGACACUUGAAGCCAAGAGGACAGUUUAUAUAUAAAGGAUCAGUUUUGGAGGGAAGUUUUCAUACAAAGUUAAAUCAGAGGCUUUUUGCAAAAGAGUUCAAUUAACUUUGGAUGAAAGGUUCAUAAAACGUUACUUAAGUUUAGUUGAGGGUUUUAUUAAAAAAGUUAAAUAAGCUUUGGAGGAGAGGUUUUAACCUUUUUUUUUAAUCAGAGGAGACUUUGUAUAAAUAGUGAAAUCAAUUUAGUCCAAUUUGGUUUAUUUAACACACUGCUUAUUCAGCUUCUUUCUCCAGCCAUAAAGGACUCUGGUUCUGUUGGUUUGUCCUCAGGUACAAAACUUGAUAGAGACCAGUCCAUUUUUGGUCGAGUAGCUGUACUGCAAAGACAGGGGGACACACAUAAAGGUUGUCUGGUUGUUGUAGUUGAGGUUUUGUCAACAAACUUGGGGAUCAGUGUCUGAUGGUGUUACAACAGAGCCCUGCAGAGUGUGUACAGGUGUGUGUGUGCGUGUAUGUGUGUGUGUUAAUAUUUCCCAUUGGCAGAGUAAAGGUUCCAAAUUGUUUGAACUAACAACAAACUGCUCAGCACUUCUUACUGAGAGAGAGAGAGAGAGAGUGUGAGCUCCAAAGACUGUUGCAAACCUUGAUGUGAACACCUAAGGUUCUUCAUAAGAGUAAAAAUGCAAUUAUCUGACUAAACCACUUCAUAUUGUGUUUUCAUUUAUUGACAAAGAAAUACCUGAAGUCCUUCUGUGCAGUAUUUGUAUUCCAGAGCUGAGGCAGAAUUCUUUGACAUAAGUCUCUGUCCUGAUUGGCUGAUUGAUUUGUCUCUGUCCUCUUUUUUAGUUGCAAACUAGCCUAACUUUAGCCUAAAGGUUGUGCAGUGGAGUACAAAUCAGAAUCAGACUUACUCAAAAUGUGUCAUGUAAAACUGUACAACUGCUGUGGGCAGGCCUGGGUCCACCCACUGGGCAGUCAUGCUCAUCCAAUCAGAGGGCUUCUUGAUACUGUUAGCUGUGUGUGUUUGUGAAUCAGAGGCUGUGCAAUGGUGUUACUGUUGGUGUCUGUAAUGUUACCGGUGAUAUAACUUAAUUCAUCUGCGUUUAAAGAAACAAUCAUAAUGUCCUGUUUUAAUUCAGAUAUGUGCUCCAGAACUGGGUAAAAAGACUGUUGUUAGGGUCAGUUAGACCCACAUCUCAACAGUCAGCUUAAAGGGAUAUUCCGGCGUAAAAUUAAGUUAGGGUGCAGCGGAUCAUUUCUAUUAAGUAAUUAUCAUCAUAUUAAUCAUUUUGCAUUGCAGACGCUGUAGUUCUUCUGCCUUAGUGUCUCGGUCUGAUUGCAUUUCCAUGAAGAAAUGAUCAUAAAUGUUCUGUCUUGAGCUGUGAAACUCCACUGCACUCUAACUAGAGAAGCAAGCAGUCAAGAACAUUCAUCUCUAGAGGGGGUGUCUUACUCGGUGUUACAGUGUGUUUGACCAUGACUUAAACUUAUGCCAGAAUAUCCCUUUAAAUCAAAACUAGUUGAAUCAAAACUUUGAGAUCUCUAGCAUAUAAAGUAUAAUUAUUCUGUGUCAUAAACCAAUGAAAGGAUUUGAGCUUUUUGAUCACUUCCAUUUUAUCACAGGCUGCAGAUUAAACAAACUAUUCAGUCUUUUCAAGCUUUUAGAUCACGUCUUUAAUAAAAACCAGACUUGUAUUUGUAUUUUAGUGUCAAUCAUCGCAAUGUCUCUCACUUUUUUGCCCAACAGAGAUUGGGCUCAAAAGUGCUCAUACACACCUGUGAUCAUUACAGCCUCUCUCUCAUGAUGCUUACUCUUGACUCUCUGCUUGACGAUCACACACACCUGCCUCCUCCUGCUCCCCUCGCUCUCCUCUCUCCACUUGUUUCGACUCUUUGCUCUCCUCUCUCCUGCUCCUCUCCCUGCUCUCCUCCCCUCCUCCUGCCGCUCUCUCUGCUCUCCUCUCUCCUCCUCCUACUCCUCUCCCUGCUCUCCUCCUCCUGCUUCUCUCCUUUCUAUAACAGCCAAACUGUGGCUGAACUUGCACCGUGUGAACAGUUAACCUGCUCUCAUUUCAGGCUCUUUCUAUGUAUUCUAAAUUAAAAGUCAGGUAGACAUGAUCAGCAUGUUUAUGUCAAGCUACAGUCCUUUCUAAAUGAGGUUUUGUUUGGUUAGUGUCUUUGCAACACAAAGCCAGACUCUGUGGGACUGAGGUCAAACUUCAUUAAACACCCACUCUGCUGUUUAUACCCCACACUCUGUAACACAGUCUGACAGAUCACUCCUACUCUGUCUGAACAGAGAGGAUGAGGAGGAGGAGGACAGGAUGGGAGGAAGGAGAGGACAGAGGGAUUAGGAUAAGAGAAGGGAGACAUGAGAGGAUACAGGUGAGGAAAACUUUCAGAGUCAGAACAAGGGAGACACAAAGACGAAGAAAGAAACAAGAAGGUUCAGGAGACAAUCUGAGCUCAGUAAGUCUCAGCUGUGCAGCAUGUGACGACUGAAUGUGACAGCUGUUCUUUGAGAGAGGGACACACACGGGCAUACACACACACACACACACACACACACACACACACACACACACUUGUACACUCACAGGCAUGCAGGGUCUGGGACUCAGAGGCAUCUCAGGAAAUACAAUGGGCUCUCUUGUCUGUGGAGAGCAGUGAGAGGAGAGCUGAUAAAGGGGGGGGGGUCUCCAACAUAACCUGAACAUCCUGAAACAGCUCUGCCAAAACUGGGCUGGAAAUAAACACAUUAUGAUCUUUUGAAAAUGUGCCAGUUUAUUCUAAAUAACACUCUUAUCAAUCACACAAAGUCCUACACUUACCCGGGUCCAACUUGUUCAACACCAGGAAGUUUCAAUGGGGUGAUAAAUACAAGAAAAAGCAUGAAGAGAAAUGCACUCAUUCAAAACCAGAUUUUCCAAGAUCUGGACGUACAUUUUUGAUGAUGUAAUUUUACGCAUAGCUAUGUAUGGAAGUGUGGUGCGGGGACCACUCAGUGGACUAGAGUUCAACACAUGGACAAAUACCUAAUGGCAACUCUCCAUAGUGAGUUCUGUCAGAGAGGUCAGGGUUUUAAGGAAAUUAGCAAAAAAUGCCUGUUGAGCAAAACUGGGGCUUUAACCUUCUGGCUGCACCUGUACCUUAGUACAACAGACUCACUCCAGUACAAAGCACUGAAGGCCCAAGAGCUGAGCCCUGAAAACAGCCCCCUCAGUCAGCUGAUGAGGAAAUAAACCACACAGGCUCCCGCCAAAACUGACUCAAAACAAUAGAGCACAGUCCAAGAAGUUAUUAGCAAAUCAAGAGUUAAGACCACUGGACAAAAGAAACCAAACCCAGAAGUCCACUAAACUGCACUGAACUUGAUUGCAUGCAUUAGUUACAUUUCUCAGUAUGGUUCCGGUCUGAGGGGUCCCUCAGCAACCUCCCUCUGUGUUUCAUGUGCAUACAAACAGACAAGUUUGUCUUCCUUGUUUCUCCUCAUUGUUGGUUAUAAUCUGCAGCAUACCGUCUCUUUGCAUUCCAGCCACUUCCUAGUGUGCUUACCUGUGAUUGGCUGUUACCAUGUCCAUGCAGACAGUGGGGAAUCCCAUCAAGCAGGAGGUUUGGCUCAAUAUGUGUUCAGGCUGCUGCUUCUUUAGCACUUAAACAUGGGCUUAGCGGGGUACUAGAAGUGGGGGACAUGGGGUACUAGAAGCUUCUGGUACCUGUCCCUUCUGUCCUUUACACUUUUCUGGCCUGCAUUCUUGCUCCUGAACAAUCAGUCCCCCUCACCUCUGAAAUGAAAACUACACACCCUUGCGUUCAAGGACUAGUUAAUGUUAAAUGUUUAUGUGCCUGACAGUGGACUGGAAUGACUCUGCUGUAACUCUGUAAGCUCACGUGCAGUGGAUGGUUUCAGUGUUAAUAUGUAACUUCAGUGACAUGUUCAGAGUCUGCUCUGUUUACACAAAAGAGGGAGCAGAGGUGGAUUAAAGAGUUCACUGGCAGAGAUGUGAAGGACAAACAGCUCACUCAGUAGUCUGACUCUUACUUCAGACUUUUAAUGACACAGCUGGUGUAAAAAAGAGAGAUGUCUGACAUGCACAUCCUGAAACACAAACAUAUUUCACAAAGGGUAAAAGUAAUUUUUGAAAGGGAAUGUUUAUUCUGCAUGUUGGACAUCUUUCUCCAUUUAAUGAAAAGUUUUUGGGAGUCAUAAAGGUAUUUGGAUUCUAUCAGAUUUACACUGACACUCACUGGUGUUAUAUAGUGUAAAUGUUGAAGCACCAAGGCACACCUGCAGGUGCGCCACACAAGUGAGCUCAGGUGAGCAGCCUGUCCUCUCUACAUGCAUGUGAAGCUCCGCCCACCUCAGUCAAAUAGACAGAGACUGAAAUGCAGCCCGGUGUAAAUGUUGACUCUGGGUAAACCCAGUCUGUGGAUCAGCUAAUCUGAGAACUGAUCUGUUCCUAUCACUGGUCCACUACCCUCCCCCUCACCACCAGACUCUUGUUCUUUUCCUUCAAAUUCUUUUGUUUUCCUGAUUCCUUGUGCUCUUCUCUUCUUACCUAUCUGCUUAAUUAUUGUCCUUAACUUUUCCUCAUUUAUUUUUUUUUGUCACCAUAUCAUCAAAUUGAAGUUUCUUUCUUUCUUUCUUUCUUUCUUUCUUUCUUUCUUUCUUUCUUUCUUUCUUUCUUUCUUUCUUUCUUCCUUCCUUUUCCCUCCCUCUGUGUUUACUUCUCCAUCCUCUCGUUCAGCUCUGGGGGGUAGGACAUGGCAGCAGACCAAGACUUGAAUAAAAGCUCUGUUAGUGUCUUGGCUGACAUUGUGGUCACACACUUUCUCUCUCUCUCUCUCUCUCUCUCUUACACAAACACACACACACACACACACACACACACUCCUGGCAGGUUUUACAGCUCCUUGUAUAUAGCUGGGUCUGGAUUUGGCAGGUAAGCUCAAGGACUCUGUGAAAGACCAUUAAACAGACGAGAAUGGCGUGCUGCAUGCUUGCUGUCCAGCCCCACCCCGUCCUCACUGUCGUCUCAGACUUAGUUUGUAUUCAGUCCAGCCAGUAAGCAUCCAGACUAAAGCACUUUACCGUUCAGGACGACGAGAGUGAGGAAUGGCAAGGUUCACAUCCUCCAUACAUCCUCCCAGACGUUAAGAGAGAGAGUCCAACACAGACCUGGACUUGCUCAAAGACACAAAGACGUAUCACAAUCAGUCCUCAUCAGUGUUUCCAAUGGGAUCUGACCUAACUGAAUUUGUCCUUCUGAAAUAAAAAACACAAACAAAAAAAAAACAAAAACAUGCUGAUCUGAUGACAUUAACUGCACUGAUGUGAGGAGAUCUGGUGUUCAGUCAGGAGCUCUCUAAGCUCUUAGAUAUCUGUGUAAACCCAUGUCUGAACAGCUGGUGAUGAGGUGAGACGUAUUCACUACAGGCCUGUCCUAGAUUGGUCCAUUUGAUCUCUACCAGUGUGUCCCCUCUAAUUCUGGCUUUGACACCCAGGACAGUCCUCCCCCUUUGGUUUCAGUAACCUGCUGCACUCUGCUCAUGAUCCUUUUUGGUAAAGUUUAUUCAAAAUUUUUACUACUUACCACAGUCAGCCGUGAUCCUAUAAACACAAAUAGAGCAUAGUGUUAGUUUAGGCAGGCCAUGAAGUCAAGCUUCGCCCAAAGUCUGUCAGCUGAUCUUAACUACAGCUCAUAUCAGCUGUCAGUUCAGCUGAUGACCUUCUACCAUACAAGAUUCAAAUGUGAAAACGUUUCUUAUAUCAAAAUGUCUUCAGCCUGUCUACUCAUCCUUCUUCCCCUAGAAAAAAGCUUUAUUACCAUCACUCCUUCUUUUAUGGUGUGUGUAAUUUUACUAGUCUUUGCUGCUGCCCUCCCUGCCCUCACCCCAAUUCCUCCUUUUUGUGCUGUACUUGAUUUUACCUGUGUUUUUGCUGCUGCUCUCCCAACCUCAAUCCUUGGUCCUCUUUAUUUGGAAAGGGCUGGUUUUAACAAAGUCAUUACUGGUGCGCUCUCAUCCUCCACUCCAGGUUCUCUUUUUUAUGAUGUUACUGAUUUAACUUGUGUACUUGCUGCUGCUCUGCCAAACUCCACCCUAGCUCUUCCUUUAUGCCCUGUGUAGGAUUUUACCGGAGUCUUUCAAUGAAAGUCAGGAUUUUUAGAUAUUAAUGUGCCUGUUUCUCUCACAAUCACUGAGAGAGUGUGGGAGACAGUCUGCAGAGUGUUUUAAAAAAAUGCAUGUUUGUGUGUUUGUGUAUGUCAGUGUGUUACAAGCCUCCUAAUCCAAAAACCACAUUUUUACUAAACUGACCCAUUGUCCAUUCAGAGUUCAGCUCUAACCGAUGAGAAAAAUGUCUAGGAGUAUAAAGUGUAUUAUUAUAUAUUAAUAACUAUUGUUGUUAUGACUAAAUCUUAAACAGACAUUAAAGCCACAUGCAGCGCAUCACUGUCCCUGGCAGCGCCCCCACAGCAGCUGUUUCGAGGCUUCAUUGAAAACGAUAACUCUGCAAACACUCAGUGCUUUCUGCUGUUUCAGAACCAACAAAAAAUUCACCAAAAACCUUUAAAAUCACUGCUGAGUGUACUUCUUUAUACUGCUGUGAGAGAUCAGACAGCUGAUUGGAUAAUACCAAACCUGCUGAGGAUGGAGGUGUGUGAGCAUACAAAACAGCAGCCUGACAAUCUGAUGGCGGACAACACGCCCUCAUCAGAUCUUUAACCGGUUGUAGAUCUAUAAUUCUGCUGAUCGCAGAUAAACAGCUGGCCCAAAUUCAGACCUCAACUCACGGCAGCUCAUCUCCACAUGUGGGUGCAGGUGAUUUAACAGGUUUUAAAAGUUUGAGCUCCCCAGGCUGUGAAUCCCAGACCCUGUGGGUCCAAACACCUCCAAUCUCAGCCCUGACCUCCUAAUGGCUUAGAGACAGAGAUGUGUGGUCUUGGGGCAGAGGGACUGAGAUUUUGACUUAACAUUUGAAUUACUUUUGGUUUUCGUAUGAAAGUGGAUGAGAAAUAGGAUCUGUGUUGACUUCAUUUAUCAUUAAUGUUCGAUAGACUGCACUGCUGUAGCCCUCUUCUGGUCUGGAAACGUCUCAAAGCUCCUCCACACCUCAUGUAUGUCCACUCAUUCAUUGAAAGGCAUCAGAUGCUGAUGUAAAGAGCAGCUAUCAGUCAAGGCUGGUCUCAUUCACACAUGUUGGCUCUUCCUUCAGGAGCAGCUGAGGUGUGGAUGACAAGAGGACUGAACCAGCCUCCAAACUCCACACCCUUAGAGACAGAAACAAAAGAAAGCCAGAUCCCUUUUUGACACUGAGAUAAAACUGAAAGUGAUUGUCUUUCUUUUCCAAAGCACUCAGAGAUGUUUUGGUGAAAAAAUACUUUUCAUUUUUAUUAUUUUUGGCAUCCUUCAAAAUGAUUUUUUUGGCUUAAAUGAUAUAAAGCCUCAAUCUUUGGGGAUCUGUGGGAUUUGCCUUUGUCUCUUCUCCUCCUCAGAGAAAGACGACUUUCUCUAAGGAGGAUCAGAGGCUAAACAAUGUCACCCUGAACCGUCUGGCCUCCUUACAGUGCAGACUGCAGUAAUGGGGGUGUAAAUAUCCCACCUUCACCUGUCAACCUGUGAGGGUCUGUUGAUUUAUUGAGUCUAUCAAGUCUACAGCACAAUGCUAGAUCACUAAAGCACUGCAAGAGAGUCUGAUAGCAAAGGAAGGACACAUGCAGGACAGUUUUAUUUCUUGAACUGAGCUUUUCAGAGUGAAGGAGCUCAGAUCAUGUAGCAUCUUAUCAUCACCAUGAUGAGGGCAUGAUGGCAGCUCUGGGGUUUCAAUACGAAGGGCUCUGAGGAUAGAGUUGUUUUCAGUUGGGUCUACACCUCUGUGUGACCUUUUUAUUUCGUCCUUAAAACUGCAGCUGAGUGGUGCAUAACAGGUUAGUGGAUACCUUUAUGUUGCAAGUUGUUGUUCAGGGUUAGGCUUAGUCUAGAUCACAGGGACUGACCCAGACUGGUCGGACAACUUUAUACUUGACAUGGGUGGGAUGUAUGUAUGUAUGUACAGUAUUUUAGUACUUAUCCGCAUCCAAACUUGAUUAAAAAGUUGGGUACCAUUAAAUCCGACUUUCUGCUUGAGAGCUUGUGAACACUGAAGUCUGAGUAGUAAGUCCCAAACUGAGAGACAGGGACCAGCAGAUAAGGACCAAGCAUAUCCGGCUAAACAUAUAUGGCUAAAACCGCCAUAAUUUGGCCUUCAAUGGUGGCGGUCAUCAAUAGGCUUACUGUGGACUCAGUCUGCCAGUGGACUUACAGAGUUUGCAGUUUGACUGAAAACAUGACACAAAGCAGAAAAUCUGGGCUGAACAGACGAGAUAGGUUUAUUUUGAUUUAUUUAUUUUUUUGCUUCCCAGCAAAGAUAAAGACAUGUCAGGCCACUAGUUCACAGUAUAAUACAUAGUGCUACAUCAGGCAGGCUGACAGCUCAGCUUUGAUCUAUUUAUUUUUUGCUGCUGCUCUCCCUGCCUGGGCUUUUCAUGUAUGCGCAUAGAACAAAUGGGAGGUGUGGUCAAUCCACCUCAGCCUUCAACACUUCUCAUACUUAAAGGAAAGAGCAGAGAGCUCACAGAACAGAGCCAUACCACCUAACAGCACUCAUAGCAUGGAAAUGAUUUAUUGAUGUGGGACUGAUCGGAUUGUUCUUUUUUUUUUUUUUUUUUAUUCCCUCACUUUUUUUCCCCUUUUUCCUGCACACAACCCUCUAAAAAAUUAUGCAGAACUAUUAGGACUAAAAACAUAAACCAAAGCGCAUCAAACUGGAGGGGUCCAGACUCUGUCCUGUAGAUUCUGUAUCCAGAUGCAGUUAUCUUUUUAUGGUGGCAUCUGAUGGUGAACAGAGAGCAGCAUGGAGAGUGGAGGAGCAUGUUAUUGAUUUGAUUUUAUUGGACUGCAGCAACACUUUAAAUCAAGGUUAACUAUUAUAAUUAAACCACUUUUCUUUGAUUCCGGGCAGUGUGGGAAAAGCUUUUAAUAAAGCUUAUAAUAAAGGUGAAAGACUGUGUGUUUUAAAGGAGUGUGUGAGUAAACACUGAUUGUAAAGUUUUACAGUCUGAAAGAUGGUAGUGAAUCUGAAACCUGCUCACGGACGCUCACAUAGCCACAUGAAUGAACACACACACAAACACACUUUACAUUCCCCACUGCAACAAGGGAAAGUGUGUGUGUGUGUGUGUGUGUGUGUGUGUGUGUGUGUGUGUGUGUGUUUGAUAUUAGGUUUCUAAAUAACAGGUGGGAUAGACUGUGCGUCAUCUGUUAUCGGGUCAAGUAUCACGUUUUCUCCCUCCAGUCUGCCGUCAACCCUCCACCCCCAACCCUCACCCUAGCUCUCCGAGAUACAAACCCAUACAUGACUUAUGGGUUGUGUCCUCUUUCAGACCAAAAGCUAGUCCUCUGUCUCAUUUACCAAACAUCUUAAAGCAAAGACACCAUCUCAUUCUUCUCACUGUACUACACUAUAAAUCUCUGCAACAACACUUUUUUUAUCUGGUCUGCUACUUUGUUCAAAGAAGUAGGAGUAACUGUACCUUAAAGCCAAUGCUAUAGUGCUUUGUCAGUCAUUUUGUUACAGAAACCCAGAUCGGCAGAGAGUCAAACUUCCUGUCCUCUGGUUAUUUAGAUUUUUCCUCAGAGCUGCAAACAGAAAUAACUAUGUCCUUUUGAAACUUAAUCUCUUCAUUAUAAAGAGGCUGCUCCUUGAGAAUUUACAUCAUGUCAGUGUGGAGUAAUCUGACAAGGAUUAAAAGUUUAUACAGAGUUUACCUUCUGUCUUGAGGCUAAAUGUUAAUUAUGUUUCACUGUCAGUUCAAAAUCUCAUGAGUUCUGAUCUAAGCAAGUCAGCAUAAUUUAAUUCAAAAUAUGAUGGUCAGUUAUUCAGAGCAGUUUCUUUAAUGGAGUACAGAGUCAGUUCAGGCAGGCCACAGACUCAAACUUUGCUGUCAGCUGACUGCUCAGCUGAUUACCUUCUACCAUCCAAUGACUGAAUGUGACAAUGUUCCCUCUAUUAAAAUGUCUUCAGCCCGCCAACUUUUCCUGCUUCCUGAGUAUGUGCCUGAUUUAACUCGUGUCUUUGCUGCUGCUCUUCCAGCCUCCAUACCAGCUCUUCCUUUAAUGCUGUGUCUGACAGUGACACAUAAGAAGCAUGGGAAGCACACAUGAAGAGCAGGGAGGUCUCAGAACAGAGCCAUACCACCAAAUAUGACUUAUUCCUUGUGAUUUCAACUGAAACAUGUUUGUCUUUGUGUGUCACCAGUCAUGGCUGAGGAUGUACGGUUACCUGCCACAGGCCAGCAGGCAGAUGUCCACCAUGAGAUCAGCUCAGAUUCUUUCAAACGCCGUCAGUGACAUGCAGCGUUUCUACGGCCUGGAGGUCACUGGCCAGAUGGACUCUCAAACCAUCAGGUAAGCAGAGCUCUGAUGUUGGAGUACAGUCAUGGUAUACUUAAAACUGACCGGGGGGGGUGGGGGGGUGGUAAGUGACCUGGGGCCCUUUUGACAAGUUCCAGCCCUUUUGAGACUCUAUGACUUAUAGAGUCUCAAAAGGGAAGAAAUGGCAUCAAAAACAAGCUGUAAAAGCCUGGAUUAAAAAUUAACAGCAUGUUGAAUGACAACAAAGAUGCACCUCGGAUAUCGUUAAUAAUCCAGUGGCAUGUUGUUCCUGUUAUAUUAGAAGUUUUGUGCAUACGUAUGAAUGCAGCUUCAGAAAGAAAUGUACAAUAUUUCUGAGCUUUUGGACACUUUCAACUUACCUCCUCAGUGGUGUUGGUUGUCUUUGAGCAGAUACCUUUCCUCUUAAGUGAACAAGGCAGCUCAGGGGUAAACUUUUUAUCAAAGAAGAAAACAAAAGGUGCUUCAGCAUCAAAAGUUUUCUCUCCUUUGUCUCUUCUGUUGUGCCCCUUCCUUCAACAAAAACACACAAACAACACAAACAGAUCUUUUGCUCGUUCCUGACUUUAUUUCAAAUGUCCUCAGCGCUAUGAAGAGACCCCGCUGUGGCGUGCCUGACAAGUUUGGAGGCCAGAUCAAAACCAACGUGAGGCGGAAACGCUAUGCACUCACUGGACAUAAAUGGAACAAAAGCCACCUCACUUACAGGUUUGUGGGAAAAAUGUCUCUGUCUGUCUGGUAUUUUUGUAGAGACUUCUGCUUGACUGUAAAUUGUGUUUUUAUUUAAUCCAUGGUUUAUUCUUCCUUCUGCUCUAAUGUACAGAGCUUUUUAAAUUUCUUAAAUUGAAUUUUCCUUUGAGGAUCAAUAAAUUUCGUCUUAUCAUAUCGUACAUCAUUGCGUAUAGUUCCUCAGAGUCGACUUCAGACUGUCACAGGACAGACUCCUUACUGAUCUGGUUUCCUCUCUGUCCUCUCAGUAUCCAGAACUACACUCCAAAGAUUGGGGAGUACAACUCAUACGAAGCCAUCCGUCGGGCCUUUAAGGUCUGGGAGAGCGUGACCCCGCUGACCUUUGACGAGAUCCCUUACCAGGAGAUCAAAUAUGGCCGCCGCAAGGAGCCCGACAUCAUGAUCUUUUUUGCUUCAGGUUUCCAUGGAGACAGCUCACCUUUUGAUGGCGAGGGGGGCUUUCUCGCUCACGCAUAUUUCCCUGGACCUGGCAUGGGCGGGGACACACACUUUGACUCUGAUGAGCCAUGGACGAUAGGAAACCAGAACGUACAAGGUGAGUUUCUGUUUGAGGGUAUUUCAUUACUGACUCAGUUAGUGACAAUAGAGAUAGUGAUAACAGCAAGGAAAACUUAGGCUGUCAGAAAUGUCUGAUAUCAUGCAAAAUUUAACAAACGUCUGCAUCCAAGAAUUAGAAUCUCACGUAUUUUCCAAAGUUUCACAUAAAUAAAUAAAGCCAACAUUGAGGACAAAUAACUGGUUAACAGUAAAACUAGUAGUGAAUAAAACCGGAUGGUAACAUAUGAUUAUGUGGUCAGACCUGUCCAUGAGUUUGUGGGCACUUUAAAAAACAGCCCUCAAUUCUGCUUCACUAUCCUGAGACAUGUUUCCACCUUAGCAGUUGUUGUCCACUUUGAUGGUGGCUUGUACUGCGCUCAACAAACACUAUCAGCUCACAGACCCCUUUCCAUUCCCCUAAACUUAAUGGGAGCAUGUCUCUAGUCACUAUUGUUGGUAUUAGCAGGCUCAUCUUCACUCUGGUAUCAUCACACCAGCAUCUGCUCUCUGAUGUGAGACUGUCUUUCACCUGUCUCCACUGUCUUCUCAGAGAGCUUUGAAUGCAUGUAGUAAAGCAUCAGACCAGUAUCUGUAUGAUGUACAGGUUUAUCACAUAUCAAGCACAGCAUGUUACUGUCUUUUUGUCAAAAUACUUCCACUCAUCACUUUUCCUUAUAUGUACCUGCAAACUAACUGAGGUAUUUCAGCCAAGAACAUGUGAAAGUAGUUUCACGAUACUUGACUAAUGGUAGUAAUGAGUAGUUGAUUCCUUCAGUAUUUGUCUCCAUUGCUACUGUAUAGAGUCAUGAGUUGUAUUUUAGUUUUUUCAGAGGAACAGGGGGGGUUAGUGGCAGGGACAGUGUGUAAUUAACCUGAUUCUGCAGAUUGCCAAAACUGAAUAGAAAGCUUUAUUUUUAUUCUACAGUGUAAAAACAAACUGAAAUAGAGCACAAAACACUGCUAAAUGUCUGACACUAGAAAUUUGCAGAAGAAAAACAAAAGUUUACUCUCGGCAUGGACGGAUGCUACCACACAUCUCAUGGAAAAUGAAUAUUUGUUCAGAGGGAGUGUUUUAUUUUCAAUCUCUUCACUCAUCUAAUUAUCUAAUCAAGCUUCUCCUUUUAAUGCUGUGUCUGGUUUUACCAGCGUUGUAUGAAUUGUUACUGAUGCUGCUCUCUUUGCUGAUUGUGUCCUUGCCUUAACUUUGAUGUAUGUACAGUACAGGCCAAAAGUUUGGACACACCUUCUCAUUCAAUGCAUUUUCUUUGUUUUCAUUACUAUUUAAAUUGUAGAUUCUCAGAACUAUGAAUGAACACAUGUGGAAUCAUGUGCUUAAGAAAAAAGUGUGAAAUAACUGAAAACAUGUUUUAUAUUUUAGAUUUCUCAAAGUAGCCACCCUUUGCUUUUUUGAUAGCGCUGCAAACUUUAGCUGUUCUCUCAAUGAGCUUCAUGAGGUAGUCACCUGAAAUGGUUUUUACUUCACAGGAGUGCCUGAAGUAACCCUGACAAGGUACUUCUGUCAUCAAGAGCAAAGAGUGGCUAUUUUAAAGAAACUAGAAUAUAAAACAUGUUUUCGGUUAUUUCACACUUUUUUUAUAAGUAUAAAAUUCUACAUGUGUUCAUUCAUAGUUUUAAUGCCUUCAGUGACAAUCUACAAUGUAAAUAGUCAUAUAUAAAAAAAAGAAAAGACAUUGAAUGAGAAAGUGUGUCCAAACUUUUGGCCUGUACUGUAUGUAUGUAAAACACAGGAAAAGUGUGCUCUCUCUGCCUCAGGCUUUGGCGUAUGUAAGCAUGUGGAAGGCACCCUCAGGUUUUCCUUUAGAAUAAGUGAGUGGUUUUCUGGAGGAGGAGUACAGCUGAUUAGACCGAGCAUAUUGAAACAAGUUAAGAAUAGUAUUGAUAAUGAGGUAAACUUUAAAUCUUUUUCAGUGUAACUCCAGUUUUCACACAAUUAAUGUCUCAAACCUUUGUAGGUCUUCAGCUGAGCUUAUUGGCCAAACACCAGCUUACUUCUCAAUGUUUAUCCUUAAACUAGGAUGAACCUUUUACCCUUUACAACUCCUGAUCACCUGCAGAAACACACAAGAGGGUGACAUGUUAAUUUUUAGGACUUUAAUCUUUGGCCGUGUUCAGAGUUCCUCCUCUUCCCGUGCACCCAUUAACCCGACGACCAGAGAGGGACUUUGGCAACAAUAGGCUUUCCUGCUCUGUUAUCUACACACACACAAAGAAGAGGCUGUGUGUGUGUGUGUGUGUGAGUGAGUGAGAUCAGCUGUGUGUGGGGUGUGUGUCGGCACUGAUCACAGGGAUGCCUCAGUAAGUAGGAGUGUGUUGCAGAGGCUCAGAUCUGCAGACUGGACUCUUUGUUUCUCAAACAGCUGAAAAGCAAAGAAACAAACUACAAUUCUUCCCGCCUGACUGACUGACUGACAGACUGGCUGCAGCUUCACAGGUUUACUUAGCUGAGCUGCUCACCGUCUUCUCUGCUGUUUUACUGCCUUAUCACUGCUCUGCCGACCCCCAAAACACUGAGACGUCCUGCAGAUCAGAGGAAGCUUAUAUUCCUUGGGGUUACUGCAACACAUAAGCAACCUGUGAGUUUCACAAUGAGUUGAUUAACUGAUCAGCAAUAACAAAAGAAUGGCAGUGAUUGUUUCUAACUGCAUAUUAAAGUGUAUUUUCAUAUGCACAGAAUUCUGCAUGGUUAUUUAAGGUUAUUUAAGGUAUGAAGUCAGUGCUGAUAUGAAAGAGUUAACAUGUCUACUGCUAAAGGAUAAACACUUUGCUCUGACCUUUGACCUCCUCUUCACUGAGCUCAACACAAACCGACCGAGCUCAGGAUCAAUAUUUACUCAUAAAUUAUUUAGAUGGUAAAAGCUCAAAUCCUUCAGAGUUCUUCUGCUGCUUUUUCCCCUCCUUCACAGAUAGAAACAUCCACACUUGCUGAAACCGGCAUGCUCUAAACUCUCUGACGCUCACUGUAAUGAAUCAGCUCCAACGAAAACAGCUUUUACUCUUUAUCCAAAUAACACGUUGACAUGCACAACCAAACACAUCUCACACAGUUGGAUGGCUGCAGGCAAAUAGCUGAAAAAGGUCGGGGGCUUUGUGAGUCUCUGUGGCCAGAUGAGACGAGUGCGAGAGAGAGCAAACUUUGAGAGAGUGUGGUGGUUGUCAGGGCGCCGCUUUUGUGAGCGCUUUCAUCCCCGCUGAAAAGGUUUAGACGGGGUAAACAAGAGAACAGAGGUGAGAAGAGCUGGAGAAGGAGGAGGACCUGACUGCCUAAUGUGUAUGUGUGUUUGUCAGCGUUUGUCCUCAACUCUUACCUCCUCACUCUGAGCCUGUUUGAAGUUCACUCCUGCUUUCCUCUGUCGCCUAAGCGGUUGUCACAGUUACCCCACAAAGGCACCUUUAUCCUCUCUCCCUCUCUCUGCGUUUCAUCUUGAGAUAUCUCAUGCUCAGUCCUGCCUACUCCUUCCUCUCCUUAGUGUUAGCCGCAGUUUGUUGCACAGUAAAGACACUCAUGUGACUCUAAAAUUCUCCUCGCUGAGGCCAAGGAGCUGUGUGUGAACUCUCUCUCUAUGCAUGACGAAGAGAAAACCAAGAGAUGCACCAGAAUCGGCAUCCCGGGCAUUUCUCUCUCCUGUUCCAAUCCUUCUAAAACAUGAUGUCACUGCUGGCACAUAUCUGACCAAUCAGCACGGGCCGUUAGCCAGAGAAAAUGGCCAACGGGUCAAAGUUUACAGAGGGCACAGGCUGACAGACAAAGAGUUAUUGAGUGAAGGGAAGUACCAGAUUCAUGCAGCUUGACAUCAGAGAGCGUCUCUCAGCGGUCAGUCCCGAACAAAAGGAGGUUGAUGCAGAGGUCAGUGUGUCACAGCUGUGGACUCGCACAGUGUGAGUGUGGAGAGGGAUUGGUUAGAAAUGUUAGUAAUGCUGCUGAUUCACACGAACAGUCCAUCAAAUCUGCGGACAUUGAUAUUUGUACUGUGAGGGAAUAAUCCUUAACAUGUUUGAAUACAUUUACUGCGUCACAGACUUUAAAAGAGUUCCUCCACAGAUAGAGACCACCACUCCUCUCCUAACCCAACCUUUUCUUCACCAUGGUCAUCCAGGUAAUGACCUCUUCCUGGUGGCGGUCCAUGAGCUGGGCCACGCUCUCGGUUUAGAGCACUCCAAUAACCCCCUGGCCAUCAUGGCUCCUUUCUAUCAGUGGAUGGAGACCGAAAACUUCCAGCUGCCUGAAGAUGACCGGCGGGGGAUACAGCAGAUCUACGGUAGGAGGAUUUCUGGAUGAGUCACAAGGUCUAAAUGUGUGUGAAGGUCUCCCUUGAAUCACGAGGCUUUGUCAGCCCAGAGUGGUUCAAAUUGUCAGUAUUAACAUCUGAUAAUCUCAGAUCUACUCUUUCAGGCUGCAGGUUUUGCAGUGUAUACAUAACAUGUAGGUUUAAUCCGCUCUGUCCAAUUUUCCAUGAAGGUCAACCAGACGGCAGCCCCACUCAGGCCCUGCCAACAGUGACGCCCCGCCGCCCUGAUCUCAGACCACCUCAGCCUCCUCCUCGCCAUCCAGACCGCCCAAGGACCACAGAGAGACCGGAUCACUAUGGACCCAACAUCUGUGAGGGGAACUUUGACACGGUGGCCAUGCUGCGAGGAGAGAUGUUUGUCUUUAAGGUGAGAGCGUGUUUGAACCUGAGGUGGUUCAAGUCAUGAGCCUGUUACAGCAGAGUUGUCUUCACCCUCACAGGGGUUUAUUACACAUCCUGGCUCGGACCUUCAGUCAGCUUUCAGCAGAGUAAACGCACUCUCUGGUUAACUAUGGCCAUAAAUGAGUCCUUCUCUCUACUUUGAGACAAGGAAAGGGAGCGCCUGUGCUCUGUUUCUAAUCAGGUCCUCGUGGAUUGGAGUUUUUAUGAGCAGGGGGGCUGUUAGAAGGCAGGGUGUGGUCAGGUGUUUUCCUUAAAGAGCCUCGCUGAAACAGCAGAGAGUGAUUAGUUUACUUUCUUACUAUGAGCCAGGACUGAACAUGAGGCUUUUGGCUGCUGCUUCUGUCUGCUGUUUUAACUCUUUCAUGUCUUUCACUAAUACCUGCUCAGUUGUUCUUAUCUGCUGAGUGUUUAUGCCAUCCUGGAGGUGAUGGUUGCAUCUGUUUACAGAGUUGAAUUAUGGGAAAUAUCAGGGUGUCACUUCCUCCUUGGUUGCCUCCUCUCUGUAGGGUUUGCUUCACUCAGAUCCAUGUUACAGUCAAACAGCGAUAUGUAGGGAAGUGUUUCACUGAGUAGGUGUUUGAGGAGGUGUCUGGUGUUGGCAGAGAGAGCACCCAGGCUCAGAUACGAUAAACUACAGCAGAGUCAGAUUAUCAUCAGCAAACGCUAGUGAACUUGGGACACAACUCCUGAGUCACAGGUGGAGUUUAAAACCCUCAUUUCUCCUCUAAAAGUCUGUCUCUGGAUCUUUUCUUUGGAUUGUUACCGUCACAGAGUCGAUCAUGACAGGGUCCAGUCCCUCAAACGCUGUGAUCCAUCUGGUAUCUGCUCUGCCAAGCCGGGAGUGUUUUUGACGCUGACCAGCAGUGAUCAGAGUCGGCCUACAGCUGCCUAAACGUGUCCCGCUCAUGGUCAGACAGUUAAAUCUGCACUCUCAGGUUUCAUCUCAGCCAGAAAUGUUCAUGUUCUUGGGUUUCAUCCAGUCAUGACGCCGGUCAGGACAGCAGGAAUCAGAGUCCUAAAUUAGCUUUUUCCUGAUGCACGAGUGCUUUAAGUCCAACUCAGAUAAAGUGUUAAUAUGAGCACGAAUCCUUAUAAAACCCAAACAAGAUCAGUUUGGUGAAUAUAGCUUUGCUUUAGAACCAGUAUAUUGUUGCAGCUCUUUUUGGCAGUUAACCUUUUUUUUGGAUAUAUUUUCACUUUGCUCCCAGAAAGUCAAAAAAUGUACUGGAAGUUCCCUGAGUGUUGCUGUGUUAUAUCUGUACUGCUCUUUCUAUGUGUUAUACUGCUGUGGUGUUAACAUAGAUUAAACAGCCAGCCAAACUUCUUUUCAAGAGCCAGGAUGCGAGUGUGAUUGCUCCUCUAUUCUCUCACUGUUGUAAGCUGAGAUGACGACAUUGAAUUGGAGUGAAACUAGAAAAGAAAAUACAAAGAAAAUCCUUUGUAAACUGCUAGUAUAGCAUAUCUCUCCAAAGUAUUAAAAAACAGUUGCGCAGAAAUUAAUCAUGAACACUGGUGGCAACAUUCAUCGCAAUGUGGGCAAACAUAGCCUAGCAUACCGUACAAUAGUCGUCUUACCAGUGCAAACUCGUUAAUUUAUCAAACUUGAACAAACUUAACAAAACAUCUCUAAAACUCCUCAGUAUGAACUGUUUAGUGUGUGAACAUCAUACAACACUUACAGCCAAUGUGCUCUGAGGAACUCAAACAAAAAUGAUUUAUAUUCAUUGAGACAAAGAUGUUUGUGUGCAGCUGUGUGUGCUCUUCUGAAUCAAUUUCUUCACUUUCCGCUUACCACUUCCUGUUUUCAGUGGACUUCGAAAUAAAAGCAUGGGACUACUCCUUCACAUUAAAGGUAACAAUUGACACAUUUUCAUCUUAAAACAUGUUUUAAGAUGAGAAACACAUUGAGGGCAGAACACUUUGUAUCUUCUUCGUCCUCUUUGUUUGUCAUGUGAGUUUGUAUAUAGAAAUAGUUGGCUGGUGAUGGACUCAGAGAAUUGUCAUAGCUGUUUUAAUUGUUGUCAUCUGUGUUGAUUCCCUCCUUUGUGGUGUGUGAUAAGACAGGUUAAUCCCACCAUGGUGGUUUUAAGUCAGAUCAAAAAACUGCUCUGAGAUUGUUAAAUAAUGUUGAUCUGAUCUGAACACCAUGUAUGAAGGAGAAAGACAGGAGUCUAUCAGUCCUCUUUCAUGUCUUUAUAGUCUCAAAGAAAGAGAGAAUAACAAUAAAAGGUGACAUUCACACCUCAGGUAUUAGAGUUUGAUCUCUUGGUUCCAGCUGUGAAAGAUCUGUAUGCUUCUUUCACUCUCUUGGUGUGGGAUGGAUUUCUGACAGUGCUGCCUGAUUGUUAAUUGUCCUGGUGGAGAUGUGAGGAUGCUGCUGCCGCUCUGUUCAGUCAGUGUAGUGAUUCACAGUUAGACAGCUUAUUCUGCAGAGACUGAAUAACUUUAUAAAGUGAAUGAGUGAGUGGGAGCAAAGUGUCACAUCAGAGCCUCUCUCAACUCAUCUCUUCCCUCAAAGGCCCGUCAAUUAAAGAAGAAAUCAGCACAUCGGUGACUCCCUCUGUUCCUCCUCAGCAGAAAAACAAACAGAGCAGCUCUAACAUUUACCUCCCACACUCAGUUAUGCUCUGUAUGUGAGGACUCAUGUGGUCCAACCAUCAGAGUCAGAUCUACAGGAAGAGAUCAUAAGAGUGGGGUCAACAGAAGGAGAUCACAAGAGUUAGGACGACCGGGAGAGACUGAGUCAGGUCAAUGGCAUGAGACUGUUAGAGUCUAGUCUACAAAAGGAGACCAUUAGAGCCAGGUCUACGGGGGAGACCAUCAGAGUCUAGUCUACAAAAGGAGACCAUUAGAGCCAGGUCUACAGGGGAGACCAUCAGAGUCAGGUCAACAGGAGGAGACCAUCAGAGUCAGGUCUACAUAGAGAGACCAUCGGAGUUAGGUCUACAUAAGUUAACCAUCAGAGUCAAGGCUUCAUAAAGAGACCAUCAGAGUCAGGUCAACAGGAGAAGAACAUCUUCAGGAGGUUACCAGACCAAUCCUAGAGACGCUUGUUUGAUUCGAGCUCAUCCGUGUCAUGCUGUCCCAAUCCUAGCCAUGCUGUGUCAUCCUGUUUGCUGGUGCGUCCAAUGUGAAGGACAAAACCUGGUGUACUUGCCAAAAAGAAGCAGUGUUUUAGCGUUCCAUUAUCCAGAAGGAGGUGGGGCCACUGAGUCACCUCGUCUGCUGCUGUAAAUCUGUCCACUGAGCUGAGUGCACAGUUUAUCUGGUAGAUAUGGACUUUUACGAGCGGGAGUGUGUCUCUGUGCUCGGAUGACAAUGAGCUGCUGCUUAUUUCUGUCGUUAUUUUCUGCAGCCCAACACUUUAAUCAGAAAGUAUUUAGGAAGCUGUUGCAACAGGCUGUGAUUAGCAGAGAGAGAGAGAGCAGUAAGGAGGUGUGAUCCAGCCAUCAGAGCCGUGCAGAGCGGACUAUUAUUAGCCUGACAGACCUCCGCUGCUGGAAGGUUAUUGUUGGUUGUGGUCUAGUUAUCCUGCAGGGCUCCAACAAAAUGACCGCUGAGCACUACAGCAGCUCAGUCUGAGCUCAGCUGAACAAACAGAUCACAUUAGUGGACUCAUGAAAAGUGGAGAUAGUUUCCUGACAACCACAAAUACUCUCUGCAUGUAUGUGAGCUCAGGACUGUCUCAGAGAGAGGGGACAGGAACCAGCAUGAAGGCGUGUGUUUUGAACAUAUUCAUUGACUGUAACUUGGUCGGGUUGUCAAAGUCUUAAUGUAAUGCAGAGGGAUCAGUCAGUGACUUUCAGACUGUUUAAAUGUGGAUAAAUGAUGAACCCUAAAACUCUGGUCUUGACCCCAUCCUUUUAGGGUCGCUGGUUCUGGCGUGUGCGUAGGAACAGGGUUCUGGAUAACUACCCCAUGCCCAUCAGCCACUUCUGGAGGGGUCUGCCUGGAGACAUUGACGCCGCCUACGAGAGACAUGACGGCCGCUUUGUCUUCUUCAAAGGUGAGCAGCAACUUCUCACACAACUCUUAUUUAUUUAUACAUAUUUUGGGAUCUAAAUGUGUGAGAAGAAGACUUGUGGAAAAAAGCAGGAGUAGAUACAGUAGAAACUGCAUUUUAGGCUGUGAGGAAGUUACAGAAAUGACCCCCAUAGAGAUGGACGAUUUCAUCUGAGACACAGUUGUUAUAAAGCUCACCUCAGCCUUUCACAUGCUGUGUUAUAUCUUGUGUUAUUCUUUGUUAAAUUAUUUUGUCUACUCAGACUAGCCCGUUAAAACAACAGUUCUUCAUCUGAGAGCUCAUGUUGCAAUAUGCCAGCUCAUCUCUUAGAAUGAAAACUGCAGGCAGAGCAGGUUCUUCUCACACAUGUUCAACAAAACCACAACCUGUAAAAGAAAUUCAGUUUACUGCUCUGCACAGAAAACCAUCCUCUAUCUGGGUUCAUCUGUUUAGCUAUAAAGCAGUCAUAAUGCUCUCUGUAAUACUCCCAUAAAACAGACUCUUUGACUGUUUCUCAUCUUCUUCAGAUGAUGGUGAAGAUUUACUGAACAGUGAAUACCUCCACCUCCUGAGGACUCAGAGAGUGUUCACUCUCAGAGGAUAAACCUCCUUUAGCUCAGAUCCUUAUUUACUCAGUGAAUCACUGAGAGCAGCCUGUCCUUUAUAACUCCAGCUGAAGUUGUUGAAUGAAAAAGAAAGAGUUCAGCUUUUACGGCCGGGCAGCCGUCGACCAUGAAGCGACCAUGAGAAGGGUGACGUCACCUGAAAAAGCCUCUCGUGUGACACUUGGCUUGUGGCCAUCAGCAGAGAGAGAGAGGAAAGAGGAGGGAGGAGAGGCAGUCCUGAGUGCUCAGAGGACGAGGGUUAGCUGACUCUUUAUCAGUUGUCCUGUCUCUGUCUUCGGUUUAUUCUCGUGGACCUCUUCAGUCCACAUUUGUGAGCUCAGAGGACAGAGUUUAGAGUUUGUACACAUUAAACAUUAAACUUCUGACGGAUCUUCUGAAGAUCUGACUGUCCGUGAUUUAAUUUGCAGUGUAAACUUUCAAAUAUACUGCACCUGAUCCACGAGCAAAUACCUGCUGUACAAGCACAGAAACACAACCAUUAGUUGACCGUGUGCACUGGUAUAGUUAGAAAUGUUUAUUUCUGCUGCAGAGCAUAAUUUGAGUUUGGCAUCCAGGCUUCAAUCCCUUCCCAUCACUCCUCAUCAGUCACAGAAUUGGUGAGAUAGUUACCUAUCCAGAUCCUGCAUGAGAGGUGGUGGAGCUGAAUGUGUGAGCAUAUCAUAGGUGCAGGACAGCAGGGCCAAUGAAUGAGCAGCAGGUGACUGUGACGAUGAUAUGGGUCACAUGAAUAAACCUUGCAUCCACAGGUUAGCUAAAGUCCAGUUACAGCUCAGUCAAAGCUGAGAUACAGGUUAGUUAAGCUCAGAUAUAGGUUAGUGAAAGCUCAGUUUUAGGUUAGUUAAAGUCCAGUUAUAAGUCUGUUAAAGCUCAGUUACAGAUCAGUUAAGGCUGAGCAACAGGUUAGUGAAAGCUCAGUUAAAGAUAAAUUCCAGGUUAGCUGAGUUACAGCUUAGUGAAAGCUGAGUUACAGGUUAGUGAAAUCUCAGUUACAGGUUAGUGGAAGCUUAGUUACAGCUCAGUUACAGCUCAUUCAGAGGGUAGUUAUGGGUUAGUGAAAGCUCAGUUACUGCUCUAAGAAAAUCAAACCUCAAUGGAGCGCCUGGUUCCACUCACAGAUAGUCAUGGGUUUAACUCUAAAAGAGCCCUGGGGAACAUGACUUCACCUUCCUUCUCCUCUCUCUCUCUCCUGUUGCUGAGUGGAGGGCUUUCAGUUUGUAAGGAGCAAGGGGCUGGAGUGGAUGGAUGGGUGGGUGAGUAGGGAGGGGGAGAGGGAGAGGGAAAGCACAAUGGAGCCAAGAGCAGAGAUGUUAUGUUGCCUGGAGGAGUGGAAUCCCCCAUCUGACACAGUGAAAACAAUAAAACCUUCCCUUCAGCAUGAAGCAAGUCGACAUGAGACCAGCCGCUCCUGACAGAUAAUUACAAACUCUGCUGCUGCCUGUUCUCUGCCAACAAAUCUUUAUUACACUCAUUUAUUUUACAAGACAGUUAGCACUGGUUUAGUUUCUAUGAUUGUUCUCUUUUUAUGUCUCAUUCAUUUUUAAUCAUUCACCAUGUCCAGUGCCAGAGCACAGUAAUAUUGAGCCCAUGCAAAAUAAGUGUGUUCAUCUGUUUUCGAAUGUGCAUGGAUGUGGGAGUGACCGAGUGUGCUUGACAGAGUUCAGGAUGGGGUUGGAUUGGAAAUGCACAGCUGAAUGCACCGUUAAGGAUCAUAAAAGGUGCCUCUCUUCCUCUUUCCUCCUUCACUCUCCUCAGGAAACAGAUUUUGGGUUUUCAGGGAGGCAAACCUGGAGCCUGGUUAUCCAUUGGAGCUGAUUGACUUUGGUCAAGAUAUUCCCUACGACAGAGUGGACACAGCCAUCUGGUGGGAGCCGACGGGCUACACGUACAUCUUUCAGGGAGACUGGUAAUGUCUGUCUACCUCAUAUGAACCCCUUUCAUUUAGAGACAUGUAAAAACUCGAUUCCAGAGGGUUUUGUAGACUGUAGAUGAAUAUGAUGUUAGGGUAGGUACAGUCGCUGCAUAUUCAUAAAUGUAGGAUCAGUCCACACAUAAGUGGGUAUAUUUGAAAAGGGUUUACUUCCAACUAUCAAGGUCACACAAAAAUUGCAGAAAUGGUUGAAAAAUUGACAUCAACCAGACCAGUAACAGUCUGUCUAAAACCAUAAGAGCUCCACAGCAUGCUCCAUCAGGCCUGAACUGAACAGCAGAAACAGCAGCGGGUGGAUUUAUCUGCUCAGUGUGGACAAAGUCAGGAAGCUGUGUGAACAAUAGGAGUAUACUGGAGAGUUUGUCUCUUCUGUGGAGAAUAAACAACAGACUGCUGCAUGCAGGCUGACAUAUUUAUGGAAAUACUCAUAGGAAAAUAAUUACACUCUGGGUCUUUGAAUCUCAUAUCCUCACCCAGCACACAGUGACUGAUUGCCUCGCUGCAGGAUUAAUCGAGCAUUUACACCUCCGAUAGAUUUAAGUGUUCAGAGGGAGUGAGUCUGUUUUUAUUCCCAUCAUGCACUGCACUGAGUCUGUUCUCCUUAUGUUAACAGAAAUGUCUUUGUCUUCUUCUUUGUCGGCAGGUACUGGCGUUUUAACGAGCAGUCUCGACUGGCAGACAGAGGUUACCCUAAACCAAUCAGCGUGUGGGGAUCAUCAGUACCCUCCACCCCCAAGGGAGCCUUCCUCAGUGAUGAUGGGGGUAGGAGAAAGAGAGAGAGAAAGAGAGAAAGUGUGUGUGUGUGUGUGUGUGCGUGUGUGUGUGUGUGUGUGUGUGUGUUAAAGAGCAGCUGAGGGUGACAGAGACACUCCUGGAACAAAGAAUCAGGGUGUGGUCAUGUAAACGGAUAAUCAUAGCAUCAUACAUAGAACUUAUUUAGGAUGGUAGAUACAAUUUAUGAUCCUUAAUAGGUAAAACAUUUGCAUUUAUAGAUACAUUUUUAUAAGAGCAAGGAUACUAGCAUGAUAAAAGCAUGUUUAGAUGUUUCUUUUUAAACAAUUACUGUAUUUAUUUCAGAUACAGCAAAGACAUCAUAAAACACUACUGUUUUAUUUUAAAAAAUACACACAUUUUAAAUUUGAUGCUGUUUGUAAAAAGUUGUUAAGGAUCAUGAUUCCCAUUAGGUGUCAUCAGCUCUUCUUCUACCAUCACUGUGUACAUUUUAGUGAAUCCAGCAGACCAGUUUCUGGAGUCUGAAAGUAAAACGUUGUCCUAUUCUUUCCUAAUAGAGGAUUUCAACUGUUAAAAUUUUGAUUGGUCAGACCACAGGACAGUUUUCUUCUUCCCAUUAGUCCACCUUAGAUUGGCUAAGGUCCAGAGAAGUCUCUGGUGUUUCUGGAUCCUGUUUCUAUCUGGUUUUCUCUUUGCAUAGUUCAGAUUUAACUUCAUUUGUGGAUGCAGCGAUGAACCGUGUUCACAGGCAAUUGUUUUUGGAGGUGAUUUUGAGCCCAUGCAGUGAUUUCCACUCCAGAGUCCUGUCUGUUUUUAAUGCAGUGCUGCCUGAGGGUCUGAAGAUCAGGACCAUCCAGUCUUGGUUUUGGUCCUUGUCCCUUUAGUACACAGAUUUCUCCAGAUUCUCUGAAUCUUUUACUGUGAACUUAAAGGACAGUUGGUCUUGAUGUCUCAGCCUGUUUCCCAUCUUUAUGCUAAUGCUAAGCUAACCAAUGUUUGUCUCUAGCUGCACAUUGAGCAGACAGAGAAGAAAAGUGGCAUUCAUCCUCCAGUCUGACCAUCAAACAUGAUGAAAACAGUGUUGUUACAUUUUGACCUGCAUCUUAUGUUUCCUGCUCUCUCUGCAGCGUACACCUUCUUCUACAAAGGGUCCAAGUACUGGAAGUUUGAUAACCAACGCAUGAAGAGUGAACCUGGCUACCCCAAGUCUAUCCUGAGAGACUUUAUGGGCUGCAGCAUGGAUCUGGACCCAGACAGAGACACGGACACAGACUCAGGACGCAAAUAUCCGGAUGUGAACCGCCCACCAUUCAACCCAGAUGCUGGACGUGAUGGAGACAAAGGCAAAGACCGGGAUGGAGCGGACCGCGGCGGAAAGGACAAAGACACAGGCAAAGGGUCAGAUGACGACAAAGAUGAAGACUACAGAGAGGGACGUGAGGAGGACACCAAUGAGGUGGAUGUGGUGCUGAAGGUGGAUGACAGUGAGGAGCGGACCAUGAACAUCCUGAUGGUGACCAUCCCACUGGUCCUGGUGCUGUGCAUCCUGGGACUCAUCUACGCCAUCAUCAACACACUGCAGAGCAAAGGAGCGCCACGGCUACUGGUGCAUUGCAAGCGCUCGCUGCAGGACUGGGUCUGACUUGGUUCACCAGGGGUCAAUAAACUCUGACCUGAACAGAACCGCUGAUCCAAAAUGCCCCUGUGAUUCCCCCAACCCACGGCCCUGUGCUCUGCAGCUCUUAGGAAGUAGACCCCAUACUGUACAGAAACACACUCACACACUCUCAGCAGCCUCACCUCCCAUUCUCCCAUGGUGCUCUAUGACUGUGGUCUAUUUAUAAGAGAGAAGUUUGCACAUUGUUUUUGUUUCUCCUGAUUUUUUUUUGUUUGUUUAGUUUGUGAUUUUUUUAUGGUUGUUAUUAUUUUUCCUGCUCUAUUCUCCCCUCGUCUCUUCUCCACCCCCCUCCUCCUCUCCUAAUCUCAGUCAGGCCUUUUUCCCGUCCACAGACUCCUGCUCUAAAUUUGGCCUAAUAUGAACAUGGUGUGAAGGCUUCAUAGACACAGAUGGAUGUGAUGGCUGAUGCUUCACUGUAGUUUAGUGACAGGUAUUUUAAGGCCUGCCUUUGAGACCUCAUAUGAACCUCCUCUGACUCCCUCUGAUCAGGCUGCAGUCUUUGUCUCUGAUCGUCAAAUGUACACUCAGGUCUGUAAACAGGUUUGUCGGCUGGAAUCUCAAAGGAUCUCGGGUGGGCUUAUCAGAUCGUAUGUUUCCUCCACCAUGGCUGAUUUUGAACCUUUUUAAGGACUGUACUUCUUCAUAUAUGGUGCACAUAUGAGCUUUGGUUUAGAUGGAUUCAGUUUCUGAACACCAGGGGGGUUUAAUCUUCACCUUUCACCUUCCACAAACAGUUAAGGGUUUUGUGUUUUUGUGUUAUAAAGAUCACGUCUGAUGUUAGACUCCCUUCAGUGAGAUCUGUCUUAGCGUGCAGAGCUGGUGGCUUUUGAAACUGUAAAUUCAGACCUGUGCUGUGUCUUUCACACACAAACACACACACAGUUAAACUACAGGUCUGCCCUCUUUCUUUUCCUUAUUUGGAAACCAUUGAAAGACUCUUAUUCUGAAAAGGUAAACAGAGUUGAAAGGGGCUGCUGUCCCUUGACCCUUGCACUGGGGGUUUAAAGAGCCUCUUUUCUGUCUCAUUGAGACUUUCAGUGGAGACAGACUGCUGGUUUCAAUAGUGAGAUAACAGGAGAGGAAGCUUUUAAUCUGAGGGACAUAAACCCUGACAAUCAGAGCUCGGCCUCUAACUGAGUAGCAGGAUGUAACACCAUCAUGGCGAUGCAGCAGUGACCAGCUGUAGCUAACACACCAUGCAGUUGACGGACUUUUUACUGUGUGUGUGAUUCCUGGAGGAGCAGUCCCCUGUAAACAUGCUGUGGCUGUGAGCGUGAGGGUGGGCUCAGCCAGGCGGGCUCGUGAACUCAGACUAAUCCUCUUCAUUAGAAAACAGCAGGUGUGUGCAAACGCUGUUAACCCCACGACCCCCAAAAUGAUCCCUGAACCCGGAGAACCAAAACAGCGCUGCUCCCCCUUUUCAUCUCACAAGAUCAGAGUAGAAGAAACAGUCCAUCUAUACUGCUCAUUAUGUCAGCUUUAGAAGAAAACUUCAGCUUCAUUACUAAGAAUCCUUUUCAGAUACCUGCCUGCCUCAGACUUGAUCUGUUACAGAGGGAUUCUCACUGCUCUCACUGCUAAAUGGAGGAUUUCUGAUUGCUCAGGACUGGAGUUAAUGAAGUUCACUUUGAUUUUAUAACUGGAGCUGGUUUUAAGAGUCUGCUCACUCAGUCUAACAGUCUGCAGAUAUAGAGGACAGAGAUAGACUCCCUCUGGAGCGUUUUUGUAGACAUUCACCUGCAUUAUGAGCUCAACACUCCAAACUUUAAAUACCUCUACAGCAGUGGUUUCCAAAGUGGAUGCCUUUAUUGAUUAUUUUAAAUAAACCUCCAGUGAGGAACUUUUAUUUUGUGUUGAUUUUAGCACCCCCUGUGGACAAAGUGCUCCUUUUUUCAGUCCUGUUAUCUCACCCUGCACCUUUUUAACCCUGAUUACGGUAAACAGAAAGCACCAUCAGUACCACCCUCUAUCUGUUUUUCCCAUGUUUUCCUCUGUCCCAGACUCAUUACCAUUUCUUUCUGCAGUUUUCCACAUCAGCAGAUAAAUUAAACAUCACCAGGUACUUUUCUUCAUGUUUGCAGAAAGUGAUAUGGACGUGCAGAUUUGGUCCAUUUGCCAUUUUUGUCCCUGCUGCCUCUGCACUGCCCCCCUCUGCUCAUCUGUCUACUGCUCCUUUUUUCUUUGUUAAGAUUACUAUUGAGGACGUGUUUUAUCAUAAUUGUUAUUUCGUUUAGCAGCAGUGAAGAAUCACUGAAAUCUCGCAGUAAAUCAGUAAUCUUUGGAGGCCUCACAUUAGAGGGUGUGUUCAGGAGGAGGGCCUCAGAGAGCAGCUCCAGGUCUGAUGGGGGGAAAGCUGAUCUGAGCAAAGUCGGGGGUGACCUCGCCCUCCAGAGCUUUCAAAGUUUUUAUCUCAGGAACAAGGAGGGGUGGGUCAUGGAGGAAACCUCUGCUUACAGGAGCUGGAUGACAGUUCACAGGAGCACAGGCUGUAAGGGCUGAGCUGAGGGUUUACUCUGUGACGUGCUUCAGAGUCUGUACACUGAUCCUGGUUUUCAGGCUGGAUGAUAUAACAGCCCAAACAGACACCUGCUGAUAUUAAAGAGCAAAACUUUGAUGAAGACACUGGUUGAGUGUAAAAAGAUCAGGAAACUGUAGACAAACCACAGUGACAGCUCUGCAGUUUUUUGGGGGGGCAUUUUUAACCUUAACUGAUUGGACAGCUGAGGAGAGGUGAGAGAUGUGGGAGGAGGCAAGCAGUGAAGAUCAGUGGGUGGGGGAGGAACGAGUGACUGCAGGGAUGAACACUAACGCCUCGAUAGUGUACUGAAAGUGCCAAAUGAAUGAGCAUGUCAGCUCAGCUCUCAGCCUCCUCACCAUGUUACCUGUGCAGCUCUGCAGAAUCACUGACAGUUAUUAUCACUGCCCUGAAAUCCUGAGCUGAUUCUCCUGAUAUUGAGCAUCUGCUGAUACUAGCACCCGAACUCUUGUCUCUGUGUGGAGAACAGAACUGCAAACUGUUUUUUUAUAGUUAACAAAAAAAGCUUAAAGCUCCUGUGAGGAACAGUCUGUGUUGAUCUUGGCGCCCUCCUGUGGAGAGUGUAGUACCUCUGCUAUCUUAGGUUACCUCAUCUCUUAUAUGCAGAAGAAGCAUUUUGAUAAAAAGCUUUACCCUGUGGUCUAUUAAAAGUCAAACAUAAUGCAAAUCACAAUAUGUAAUAUGAUAUAGUUGGUUACAUAUAUAUUAUCUGUUUCUGUAGCUUUUGUUGUUACCUACUUUGCUGGCAUCAAAAACUACUGAAAGAAGUUAUCCCUGCUCUCAUUGUUGAUCUGGUUUGCUUUGGUAGUUCAUUAAGAAGCAUCAGAAUUAAUUACAGCUUUUUUUUAAUAACUGUUAAAAAAGUCCUCACAGGAGCUUUAUGUCAACAAAUUAACUUAAGAGAGUGUGCAUAUAAUCCUCCAAAGCAGAGCAGGUUUUGUUGGGUUAGUUCUUUGAGUUGGGACGCUGGCUCUUUUCACUGUAACUCCAUCUCACUCCACCAACACUGCUCUCUCUCCCUCCUGCUUGGGCAGCUUUGAGUUAAAAAUGUGAUCACAGAUUACUUGUUAUCUGCAGAAACUCAAACUUUAGCAGGUGUUUUUGUCUUUUUUAUUGUUGAAAGUGUCUUAAUAGGCCUAAUUUGAGUCGCAUUCAUCCAACAAGUUCAGAAAACUGUUUAUUAAGCAUUUAAUAAACCAUAAAAGAGACCUGAAUCAGUUAUAAUGAUGAACACUUUUCUACUUCUACUGGCAGGUUUUUGUUCUCAUGAUGACUAAUAAGUUUACAAAUUAUAGAGUAAUGUGUUUAAAUCUGUGGUUUUUCCUCCAUUGUGACAUACAGUAUGUGACUUAAAUAAGACAAAAUCACUUUCUAAUCUUUGAGUUUGCAGUAAAAUGUUGAUUAAGAGAUUUUCUUGGUUUUCAAUCAAACAGGGAUCAGAUAGCAUGUCUGGAGCGGUGCUGAUGGUCACUGCAGCUCGGCCUGAGCUCACUCUUAUAUCGAUCAGCUUUACAGACAAACAGCAGCCGGUCUGACAGAGAUACCCGAGAGUAUCUGCUCUCCUCACCUAGUGGUCCUUCACCUAGGUGAGGACAGGUGUAGGGGGGACACUUCAUCACACAGAAGAGCACAAGGAAGAGGAAAGAGAGAGAGAGGUCAGUCCAUUCAGCUGUUGUUAGGAGGCGUUGUCCUGUGUUCAUCACUCACCCACUCAUGGGUGAAUGGAUGAAGCUAAUCAGCGUUAAAAGCAUCACCCCCCUUUUUUCUGUCCUGCUCUGCCAUUGGUCCAUAUAUGAAAGUCUGGACAGGAUCAGAAAAUGCUAGUGCACCUUCUGAGAUAAACCCAGCAGAGUUCCCCCUUUUCCACACCUCCUCCACCUCCUCCUGCAGAGAGUUAAACAUGUGAAAAACACACCUGAGAGGAGAGAGAGGAGCGCACCUGAGUCUGAGAGCUAACUCUGUUUCAGGUCAGGAGAGAAACAGCAGAGCUGAGAGAGAAGAAACCAGAGUCAGAGGCUGUGUGUGUGUGUGUGUGUGUGUGUGUGUGUGUGCGUGCGUGCAUGUGUUAUUUAGCUCUCCUCUUUAUAAGUGAGGCCUGCUCUCUGACUGUAAACCUCUCUCCCUCCCUCUCUCCCUUCCUCCCCCACAGCCCGGGGGGAUCAUAAUAACAACAAUGGCCUUCUCUCACCCCCCCCCCCCCCCCCCCCCCCAGUCUCUCUCUCCACCACUGAUUUUCUCUCUCUAGCUCACACAAACACAUCAUUGUCUUUUAAACCUCCCCUCCCCCCCUCUCUCCCUGCCCUGCUCAGAGGUCAGGCGGUGUUUUAGCUCCCUCUCUGUGCUCUCUACCUGUCUGUACCUGUGUGUUAGUAGGUGUCAGCAGGGGUCACAUUCAGGCUCAGAGCUGCAGAGUCGGCACUUUUAUAUGUUGAUGCUCUGUUUGUUGAGAAGUACACAGCGUCUAAAGCAGAGUCAGUUUAAGGUGAGGACGUCUCCUGGGUUUGUCUCCCUCAGGAUUAGCGUUUGUAAACACUGCAUGGAGAGUGUGACUCAGUCAGCCGGGCCGCAGCGGCUCUUUGAACUUUGUUUUUUUUCUCCUCUAUCUUAAUGAAAAUCUCAGUUUGAAUCUCUACAAUCAUGCAGGAGGCAGGUUUUCUCUCUGCUGUUUGCAGUCACGGCUCCUCCUGACAACACCAACUCAGAGGAGUCACCACUGCAUUAGCCAAACUCGGCAGAUCAACCUGGACGGAGGAGAUCAGAGAGUAAGAGAUGAGACGGGGACAGUUUCUGCUGAACUUUGAGGCUCACAGACUGUAGGACAUCCAAAAGGUCCUCUGAUUUCCCAGAGUUCAUCUCACCUUUCGCACCCGACUCUCCCCUCACCUUCAGUCGCUGCUCCACUAACUCAGAUGAAAUAAAAAAGAUGGAGGCUGACUAAUGACCUUCAGCUUCGAUGUUGUGGCAGGGUGGUGGAUCAGCUGUCGAUCUGUUUUUAUGCACUGACUGCUGCUUCAAACUCUCACACUAAGAGACUAACUCCUCCUCAUUACCUCCAGAGUGAUGAUUCAGUUUCCCUCUGUGGACGAAAAAUAAAAUCUUCAUCUCUGUUUGAGACGAGAGGCAGAAAAAAACAGUAGAUUGAUAAAAUACAGAUGAUUUUAUGUUUGUUUCUGUUUGUGAUUUUGUGCUUUUUGUUCAUUCAGACUCUAUUUUGUUGUUAAUAACAUUCCAGUUAGUUUUGACGAUUUGUUGUUAGUCUUUGAUUUUCUGUAGAAAUGUAUGAUUUUAUACUUUUUUUGUUUUGUGUUCACCUCUGAGUGUGUUAACAAGCCAUGCUGGACAUGUUCACAUUAAAAACUCCCUCUGACACCCUGU